AUGCAACAGCCACAGCAACAUCCCGCUCAUCAACAUGGCAAGUACCAACAUCCACAAAUUCAAUAUCUUAUGAAGCCAGAAUAUAAUGGAGAAAACAUUAGUAUAUGUUUACAAAAUCGAGAUUUAUGGAAACGAUUUCAUGAUUUAACGAAUGAAAUGAUAGUGACAAAAGCUGGUCGUCGAAUGUUUCCAAUUGUAUCAAUAAGUAUUCGUGGUUUAGAACCUGAAAAAAUGUAUUCUGUUGAGUUAUCAUUUGAUCAAAUUGAUUCACAUCGUUGGCGUUAUGUUAGUGGUCAAUGGCAACCAGGUACAAAACCAGAUCCACCUGUACAUCGAGCACCAUAUCAACAUCCGGAUUCACCAAAUUAUGGUGAAACAUGGAUGAGAGAUACUGUUGCAUUUUCAAAAGUUAAAUUAACAAAUAAAACCAAUCAAACAGGUCCAUGUCAAGUUGUACUCAAUUCUCUACAUAAAUAUAAACCAAAACUUGCAAUAAUUGAUGUUAUGUUAAAAAAGAAAAUCUAUGAAACAAGUUUCGAUGAAACUGAAUUUAUUGCUGUAACAGCUUAUCAAAAUGAAGAAGUAACAUCAUUAAAAAUUAAAUACAAUCCAUUUGCUAAGGCAUUUCUUGAUACUGGAAAUAAUAGACGAGACGAUCGAGAUAUGAUUAUGUUAGAAGAACAAUCAACAAAUGGAAAUAAUUAUGUAUCACCAUUUCCACAUCAUUCAAUGUUUUUUACUCAUCAAUCAUCACCUAUGAAUACAGGUGUUGGACCUGAAAGACUUAAAUUUCAAUCAUAUCGUUCAUCACCAUAUAAUUAUUCUCAAAUACAACGAAAAUCUUCACCAAGUGAUGGUUUUCAAACAAAACUUGAUCCAUAUCCAACAUCAUCAACAUCACCAUUUGAUCCAACAUUAUUUUAUACUCCAACAACACCAGCUAGUAUACCCUGUUCAUCAUCAUCACCGUUAUCACCAAAUACAGCAGCAGCGGCUGCUUAUUAUUCAAAUACAUAUUAUUCAACACCAGCAUCAUAUUACUUUCCAUAUGGUACAACAUCAUCACCCGCAUCUCAUCAUCCAUUUAUGGCACCAUUAACAUGUCCAAUAAAUAAUGGUACAUCAUCAUCACCAAUAAGUCCAUCAUUUUUACAUUUACAACAACCAGUAACUAUUAUACCGAAUAUAAGUAAUCAUUCAGCAUCAUCAUCACCAAAAGAACAUGAAAAUCUAUUUAAUUCAUCAUCAACAACAAAUGAUGCUACACAAUAUUAA